GGAUGCCCAAGUCAACACAACGUUACGAUUUCGGUUCCGAAGCUCAACGAACCAGCACUCAGCCCACUCUUCUCGGCAAAGCUUGACAUGCCCUCCCGAGCAGCAUCAGCCUCAAAUGCCCUGUAUAUUGCAUACGCGCACCUGUCAAGUGCUUCGUACAAAUGAGGCGUUCCAUGGCAUUCAGGACAAGCAAGUCCAAGAAGCAUGGCAUCCAACCUUAUCUUGCGGCGAACCGUCCAGAAUACUUGGCUCCACAUCUGCAGCUUUUGCACAGGUAGGAUUGACAGUUGGCUGCAACUCUACCCCGAAAAGUCGAGAUGUUGAGGAGUUCGUGGGGCGAAAUAUGGACCCCGCUCCCCAGAUCCCGUACUUCCAUCUGGGGCCUAAUUCCAAAGUUUCCCUUCGCGUCUAUAUAGCUCUUGAGAUGCGCUUGGCAAGUGUGCUUUUCCAUCUUCUCUCUCCUACUUCGCUUGACUCAAGAAACCUAGCAAGAUGACGGACAACAAGAUCUCCACCAGCCCAGAAAUCCAACAUGGGCACGGCCGUAAUGAUCACAUCAGAUCGGAUCCUGAGAAAAUCCUCUCUGCUGUUGAGCUGGAGGACGUGAAGGGUGAUCAUAUGGAUUACAACCGAGUUGACAGAGAAGUUGCGAAAUAUGUCAGCGAUGUUGCCAUUGACAUCUCGCCUGAGGAGAACUCCCGGCUCAAGAAGCUCAUCGACAGACGAGUUCUCCCGAUCAUGAUUUUCACAUACUUCCUCCAGGCACUUGACAAGGGUACCCUUUCCUUUGCCAGUAUCAUGGGAAUCCGAAAAGACACGCAUCUCGUUGGACAGCAGUUUUCAUGGCUCACUACUUGUAUUUACAUUGCUAUCUUGAUUGUCGAGUACCCGACAAAUUGGCUCAUUCAGAGGUUGCCCAUCGGAAAAUAUCUCGGAAUCUCUAUCAUUGUUUGGGGUGCCGUGCUCGCUUUGCACUCCGUCGCCACCAACUUCACUCACCUGGUCGUCCUUCGAACCCUUCUCGGAAUAUUCGAAGCCGUCUGUCAACCAGCAUUCGUCUAUCUCAGCUCCAUGUGGUACAAACGUGAGGAACAAGCUGCUACAGUCUCCUACUGGUACAUGAUGAACGGUGCACAACAAAUUGUCGGCGGAUUACUAGCUUACUGCUUUACACUCAUCGAAAGCCCGCCCUCACCUAUCAAGAACUGGCAAGCGAUCUUCAUCAGCUACGGAUCUUUCUCUGUUCUGUGGGGUCUCGUGGUUCUGAUCCUGAUGCCCGACAGCCCAAUGCGAGCCAAGUGCUUUAGCGAGGCAGACAAGAAGCUGAUGAUUGAGCGCGUGAGAAGCAACCAGACGGGUGUGCAGAAUCGCCACUUCAGAUUGGAACAUGUGUUUGAGGCUUUCAAGGAUCCUCAGAUGUACUGUUACUGUCUCAUUGCGAUCUGUACUACGCUUCCAACGAGUGGUCUCGGGGCAUUUGCGAACAUUAUUAUCACUGGAUUCCAUUUCACGGUCUUGCAGACUCAGUUACUCGCCAUGGUUCUUGGUGCAUACAUCAUUAUCAUUCUGAUGAGUAGUAUGUGGCUUGUCAACAGGUUCAAGCAAAAUGUCCUGAUCAUGGGGAUUUAUGUUAUUCCAUCCUUCAUCGGUACCAUUGUCCUCAUGACUGUCAAGAAUACAAACAAAGCAACCCAAGUCGGACUUCUGCUCUCUUACUACAUUGUCCUUAGUUUCUGGGCUGCGCAGUCUCUUUCCAUGACUCUCAUCACCCGAAAUGUAGCGGGGCAGACGAAGAAGUCGGUCGUCGUAGCCAUGAACUUCAUCUGCUGGGCAUCCGGCAACGCUAUUGGUCCACAGGUCUUCCUCUCAUGGGAUUCACCUCGCUACCUCAUCGCCUUCGCAACACACAUGGGCUGCUACGUCCUUCUCGUCAUCGUCCUCAUAUUCCUACGCUGGUACCUCAGGCAUGAAAACAUGAAGAAGGAUCGUGUGCAAGCUGAAUUCAUGGCUGCUGGGACAGGUGUCGUUCCGGAUGUUGGGUUGACUCAUGCCUUUGAUGAUUUGACGGAUAAGGAGAACAUGAACUUUCGUUAUGUGUACUAGAAAGUGAGUAGAACAUUUCGAUACAUUGGAAUUGGUGUAUGUGAUUUGCAAUAUUUUUAGGAUUAUUGAUAUCAGACUUGUGAGAAAC